AGUAAUCGGACCCAAUUGAGGCUGGAAUAUAGCAGAGCGCCCCAGCAGGUUGGUAGUACCCAAUAUUCUGAUGGCUUUACGAUCUCUCUGGCGUCUUGGCCUGGCCUCCACCGCCAUGGCCGGCGGCGUUGGUGGCGCCGUGAUCGUAUCUUCCGAUGACCCCGCAACCGCCAUCAAGCUCUGUACGAGUGUUCCUCUUCGCCUUUUUCGUGUCUCCGUUGCUGCUGCUUCCAUUGCAUUCGAUUACGAAUAUUCGUUAAUGGGAUUGCCGGAAGGUAGCAGCGAGAGGUCUAAAGUUAAACACGAAGUUCACAUCAGAGGUGCUCGUAAGCUUGAAGAACUUUGUUUUAAAAAUGGUGGGAUAUAUAUCAAGCUUGGUCAGCAUCUUGGUCAACUGGAGUACUUGGUGCCUCAAGAGUAUGUGGAAAUAUUGCGGGAGUCCAUGUUGAAUAAAUGUCCAGUUUCUUCGUAUGAGCAAGUAUGCGAAGUUGUCAAGAGUGAGCUGGGAGAAUUACCUGAUAAAAUUUUCAAAGAUUUUGAUCCUGUCCCAAUAGCUAGUGCUUCUCUUGCACAAGUUCAUGUUGCUCACGACCAUGAUGGGAAAAAGCUUGCCGUGAAGGUUCAGCACAUUCACAUGACAGAUAGUGCAGCUGCAGAUUAUGCGACUGUGGAGUUAAUUGUGAAUACCUUGCAUCAGUUCUUCCCAUCAUUUGAUUACAGAUGGUUGAUAGAUGAAGUGCGUGAUAGCUUACCAAAGGAACUUGAUUUCUUAGUUGAGGCCAAGAACAGUGUGAAGUGUAUGGACAAUUUUCGGAAGUUAUCUCCCAGCAUUGCAGAUUAUGUCUAUGCGCCAAGGGUAUACUGGAACUUAAGUACUUCAAAGUUGUUAACCAUGGAAUAUAUCGAAGGAGCACAAAUAAAUGACCUAAAAGGUAUCCGAGGUCUUGGACUUCGACCUGUUGACGUUGCAAAUUUACUUAGUAAAACCUUUGCUGAAAUGAUGUUCAGACAUGGAUUUGUGCAUUGUGAUCCGCAUGAAGCCAAUUUGAUAGUUCGUCCUCAUCCUUCUUCCAAGAGGGGCAUUUUUGGAAAGAGAAAACCACAAUUGAUACUGCUAGACCAUGGCCUGUACAAGGAACUUGAUGUGGAAACCAGAACCAACUAUGCUGCGUUGUGGAAGGCACUAGUAUUUGCAGAUGCCAAUGCCAUAAAAGAAAAUUGUGUGAAGCUAGGUGCUGGAGAGGAUCUGUACCCACUAUUUGCAGGGAUUCUUACCAUGAGGCCAUGGGAGAGGGUUAUCGAUCCAGCUGUUGAUCAUUUAGUCAUGCGAGGCAGUGAGGGUGAUCAUUCAGAAUUGCAGAUGUAUGCAUCACAAUAUUUCCCUGAAAUCACAGAGCUCCUGCGAAGGCUGCCUCGUGUAAUUCUUUUGAUGCUGAAGACCAACGACUGUUUACGAGCAGUUAAUAACUCACUGCUGCAGAGAUCUUCGCUCGAGUCCUUUUUGAUCAUCGGAAGAGUUUCUUCCGAGGCAGUUAUCGAGGCAAAGUUAUUACAAAAUAAGUCUUUCUUGCGGUACAUCAGUGCUUGGCUAGAAGAUUUGUCACUAGAAGCGCGAAUGUUUGUGAUGCGGAUAGCGUUGUGGAUUUUUCAACUCCGCAGAACUUUGGCCUUCUGAAAAACAAUGUAGAGGACUCAGAAUUCAUUUUAGGCAAACCCCUCAUUUAGUUGGGUCAUGGCAUUUUGUCUCAGUGACUCGAAUACUCGAUUCCCGACUAAAAAUGGGAUUACUUAUAGGUACUUCACUCGACCAAAUUUUUUGUCACCGGUCCAUUCUUUCUUUUUACAAAAGAUUUAUUAUUCAAAAUUUGCUGUUCCUACUUGGCAAAUUCUGCCAUAUUUUUGUUGUAUAAUUUUACUCAUCAGGAUGAUACAAGGACACUUUUUGGAGCAUCAGAUCAAAUCUGAAUGUUCCUUAUAAAGAGAUGAGGAAGCAGUAGAAUCUAUUCACAUGAUCAAUAUUUUGGUGUUUAA